AUGUUGUUUUCCGCCACCCCUCCAAUCCUCCGUGGUGCCCAUCUCAACAUGGGGGCUGCACAGGCAUUACGUUUACGAUGGACCGUUCCUCCUACCGUCUUGAUUGCCUUGGGCGGUGGCAUACUUUACAGCACUGGCGGACGAACUCAGUCAAAUAAGCAAUUAUUGCUGCAGGCCGAGCCGAAAGCUCUCUUUUCCACGAGCUCAACCCGGGUUCUCGACAAUCGGUCGGAUAAAUCAUCCGAAAGUUCAGAUUGGAGCACUUCAGGGCACACGCAACAUGGCGACACAGGCUCCAUCUGGACGAAUGUUCUGCACAAGUUCGAGGGGGUAAAACAGUCUGUCGGCUCCCCCGAUUGGAUUGAGCUUGAUAGCAUCAAAAAUUACAUUAUCCCCGAUUGGACCCGAUUGCUCCCGUCGUCGGUGCAAAAGCUCCAGCGCGAACUCUCCAUGGCCCCUGGCUCCUUGGCGGACGACAUCUGGCACGAAGCUCAUGAUCCUGAUCUCAAUCCAGAAAUCUUACGCAAGGCCAAGGUUCGUGUUGGGGAUACCCUUUGUGUUGAAGAAUUGGCGUACAGGCAGAAGCGACAAAGGUAUGCAAUCAAGGCGCUAGCUUCCUACCUUGACAUUCCUGAGGAUGACAUACAUCCGGACGAUGUACCUAUCAUUGCCAUGUGCGGCUCGGGAGGCGGGCUUCGUGCGCUGGUGGCUGGAACUGGCUCGUAUCUGGCCGCCCAGGAAGCUGGCCUAUGGGAUUGUGUGACCUAUACUGCCGGGGUCAGUGGAAGUUGCUGGCUGCAGACACUAUACCACUCGUCGAUCACAGGACGCAAUUUCCACAAGCUGGUUGACCACUUGAAGAACAGACUGGGAAUCCACCUAGCCUUUCCUCCGGCCGCACUCAAGCUUCUCACCAAUGCUCCCACAAACAAGUACCUUCUCAGCGGGUUGGUCGAAAAGUUGAAGGGCGAUCCUGGUGCCGAUUUCGGCUUGGUGGAUAUAUAUGGCAUGCUACUGGCUGCACGGCUGCUGGUGCCCAAGGGAGAGCUGGGGGUCUCAGACAGGGACCUGAAAUUAUCGAACCAGAGGUACAAUCUCGCCAGCGGGGCUCAUCCACUUCCCAUCUACACGGCUGUACGCCAUGAGAUCCCGGUGCUUGAGAAUCUAGAGAACGUCAAGAACACAGGGAAGCCCGAAAACCUGAUCAAAGAGUCAAAGAAUGAAGCGUGGUUUCAAUGGUUCGAAUUUACGCCGUAUGAGUUUUUCUGUGAGGAGCUCAGCGCGGGUAUACCGACAUGGGCUCUGGGAAGACACUUCAAUGGUGGGGUGAAUGUCAAGCCCGAGGAGAUCUCCCCCAUUCCUGAGCUACGUGUCUCCGCCUUGAUGGGCAUCUGGGGUAGUGCUUUCUGUGCUACCCUGUCUCAUUACUACAAGGAAAUCCGCCCUGUCAUCAAAGGUAUCACCGGCCUCGGAGGUAUAGACUCUCUCAUCCAGGGCAAGACCAAGGAUCUCGUCCGAGUCCACCCGAUUGACCCUGCAACCAUACCGAACUUCGUGCUCGGUAUGAAAGAUCAGCUGCCACCGUCCUGCCCGGAGUCGAUCUUUCAAAGUCGACAUCUCCGCCUCAUGGACGCAGGGAUGAGCAACAAUCUCCCCAUCUACCCGCUACUCAGACCCGGCAGAGACGUCGAUGUCAUUGUCGCCUUCGACGCAUCGGCGGAUAUUAAGCGGGAAAACUGGCUCUCCGUGGUGGACGGCUACGCCCGCCAACGAGGUGUCAAAGGCUGGCCGAUCGGAGCCGGCUGGCCCAGGGAAGACGAGCUCAUCAAGGACACCGAAGAAACGCUCCGUCAGCCCCAGAACAUCACUCAGCAAGAGCUCGCCAACAAGAUGGCCGAAGCCCAGGACAAGAGCAAGUCCGAUUCUCACGGCGGGACAACCAGCUACCUCUCCCCGAACAGAUCCGCCAAGGACAAGCAUCACGGUACAGACCUGGACUACUGCAACGUCUGGGUCGGCACCACCCAGGAGAUGGUCUCCGGCAAGGAGCCGCCGCCAUCCAAACGUCUCUUCCACCCCCACGGCGUCAACCACUCCGAAUCCGACUUCCACCUCAUGCGACCCGACGCCGGCAUCGCCGUCGUCUACUUCCCCUUACUCCCCAACCCGUCCGCGCCCGAACUCCCCUCCAGCUCCUCCCUCUCCAAAUCCCGUACUCCGGCCCGCAAAUCCGAAAACAAAUCCUCCGCCGCCGUCUCCGACCCCGCAAAGCCCCUCACCCCGCAUCCCGCAUCCAUCGAUCCCGACGUCGACGAUUUCCUCUCCACCUGGAACUUCGUUUACACGCCCGAACAGAUCGACUCCGUGGUCGGGCUCGCCAAGGCCAAUUUCGCCCAGGGCGAAGACCAAGUGAAACGCGUGGUACGGGCCGUAUACGAGCGCAAGAAAUCGGAUCGAUUGCAGCGCGAGGAACGAGAUACCCGGAAACGCAUGGAGGGGUUCGUUCCGCUGUGAUGCGGUGCAAUCACUCAUUGGCAUAUUCCCUGGAGUCGUCAUCGGAGUUUACACUAAGGAGAUAGGAGUUAGUAUACAGUAGCAAGCGUAAUGUAGAUGAUUUUUCAAGAAUUUAGUUCUGAAUGUUAUGAUAUACUCAUAUGCUCAAAUUCUCUCUCUCUCUCUUUCUCCUUUUCUUUUCUUUUCUUCUUCCUCAGAAAUAUGAUUCCAGUAUCUUUCCGUCUUUCCAAUGUCUUUUUUCAUAUAUCCUCUGCAAAUCUUCUUCUAUAAUACAU